GACUCGCCCGUGCCCGGCUCCGAGGACGACCUCGUCGCCGGGGCGCCCCUGCACAGCCCCGAGUGGAGCGAGGAGCGCUUCCGCGUGGACAGGAAGAAACUUGAGGCCAUGUUACAAGCUGCUGCUGAAGGAAAAGGCAGAAGUGGGGAAGACUUUUUUCAAAAGAUCAUGGAGGAAACAAAUACACAGAUUGCUUGGCCAUCAAAACUGAAGAUUGGAGCCAAAUCCAAGAAAGAUCCCCAUAUUAAGGUUUCUGGAAAGAAAGAAGAUGUUAAAGAAGCCAAGGAAAUGAUCAUGUCUGUCUUAGACACAAAAAGCAAUCGGGUCACAUUGAAGAUGGAUGUUUCACAUACAGAACAUUCACAUGUAAUUGGCAAAGGGGGCAACAAUAUUAAAAAAGUGAUGGAAGAAACCGGAUGCCACAUCCACUUUCCAGAUUCCAACAGGAAUAAUCAAGCAGAAAAAAGCAACCAGGUAUCUAUAGCAGGACAACCGGCAGGAGUAGAAUCUGCCCGAGUUAGAAUUCGGGAGCUGCUUCCUUUGGUGCUGAUGUUUGAGCUACCAAUUGCUGGAAUUCUUCAACCAGUUCCCGAUCCUAACUCUCCUUCGAUUCAGCACAUAUCACAAACGUACAACAUUUCAGUAUCAUUUAAACAGCGUUCCCGGAUGUAUGGUGCUACUGUCAUAGUACGGGGGUCUCAGAAUAACACAAGUGCUGUGAAGGAAGGAACUGCCAUGCUGUUAGAACAUCUUGCCGGGAGCUUAGCAUCGGCUAUUCCCGUGAGCACGCAACUGGAUAUUGCAGCUCAACAUCAUCUCUUUAUGAUGGGUCGAAAUGGGAGCAACAUCAAACAUAUCAUGCAGAGAACGGGUGCUCAGAUCCACUUUCCCGAUCCCAGUAACCCACAAAAGAAAUCCACCGUCUACCUCCAGGGCACCAUUGAGUCUGUCUGUCUUGCAAGGCAAUAUCUCAUGGGUUGUCUUCCUCUUGUGUUGAUGUUUGAUAUGAAGGAAGAAAUUGAAGUAGAUCCACAAUUCAUUGCACAAUUGAUGGAACAACUCGAUGUCUUCAUCAGUAUUAAACCAAAGCCCAAACAGCCGAGCAAGUCUGUGAUUGUGAAAAGUGUUGAGCGAAAUGCCUUAAAUAUGUAUGAAGCAAGGAAAUGUCUCCUCGGACUUGAAAGCAGUGGGGUUACCAUAGCAACCAGUCCACCCCCAGCAUCGUGCCCUGCCGGCCUGGCAUGUCCCAGCCUGGAUAUCUUAGCUUCAGCAGGCCUCGGACUCACUGGACUAGGUCUUUUGGGACCCACCACCUUAUCUCUAAACACUUCGACAACCCCAAACUCACUCCUGAAUGCUCUCAAUAGCUCGGUCAGUCCUUUGCAAAGUCCAAGUUCCGGCACGCCCAGUCCCACAUUAUGGGCACCCCCACUUGCUAGUACUUCAAGUGCCACAGGUUUUUCUGCUAUACCACACCUUAUGAUUCCAUCUACCGCCCAGGCAACAUUAACCAAUAUUUUGCUUUCUGGAGUGCCCACCUAUGGGCACACAGCUCCAUCUCCCCCUCCUGGCUUGACUCCUGUUGAUGUCCACAUCAACAGUAUGCAGACAGAAGGCAAAAAAAUCUCUGCUGCUUUAAAUGGACACACACAGUCUCCGAAUAUAAAAUAUGGUGCAAUAUCCACUUCAUCACUUGGAGAAAAAGUGCUGAGCGCGAAUCACAAUGACCCAUCCAUCCAGACCACUGGUUCUGAGCAGGCAUCCCCCAAGUCAAGCCCCACAGAAGGUUGUAAUGAUGCUUUUGUGGAAGUGGGCAUGCCUCGAAGUCCUUCCCAUUCUGGGAAUGCUGGUGACUUGAAACAGAUGAUGGGUCCCUCUAAGGUUUCCUGUGCCAAGAGGCAGACAGUAGAACUAUUGCAAGGCACGAAAAACUCACACUUACACAGCACUGACAGGUUGCUCUCAGACCCUGAACUGAGUGCUUCAGAAAGCCCUUUGGCUGACAAGAAAGCCCCAGGGAGUGAGCGUGCUGCAGAGAGGGCAGCAGCUGCCCAGCACAACUCCGAAAGGGCCCACCUUGCCCCUCGGCCAUCAUACGUCAACAUGCAGGCAUUUGACUAUGAACAAAAAAAACUACUAGCAACAAAAGCUAUGUUAAAAAAACCAGUGGUGACAGAGGUCAGAACACCCACAAAUACCUGGAGUGGCCUCGGGUUUUCUAAAUCCAUGCCAGCUGAAACUAUCAAGGAGUUGAGAAGGGCCAAUCAUGUGUCCUACAAGCCCACAAUGACAACCACUUACGAGGGCUCAUCAAUGUCCCUCUCACGCUCUAACAGCCGUGAGCACUUGGGAAGUGGAAGCGAGUCAGAUAACUGGAGAGACCGAAAUGGAAUAGGACCCGCAAGUCAUAGUGAAUUUGCAGCUUCUAUUGGCAGUCCCAAGCGUAAGCAAAACAAAUCAGCGGAACACUAUCUCAGCAGUAGCAAUUACAUGGACUGCAUUUCCUCGCUGACAGGAAGCAAUGGCUGUAACCUCAACAGCUCUUUCAAAGGCUCUGACCUCCCUGAGCUCUUCAGCAAACUGGGCCUGGGCAAAUACACAGACGUUUUCCAGCAACAAGAGAUCGAUCUUCAGACGUUCCUCACUCUCACAGAUCAGGAUCUGAAGGAGUUGGGAAUUACUACAUUUGGUGCCAGGAGGAAAAUGCUGCUUGCAAUUUCAGAACUAAACAAAAACCGAAGAAAGCUUUUUGAAUCACCAAAUGCACGCACCUCUUUCCUGGAAGGUGGAGCGAGUGGAAGGCUACCCCGUCAGUAUCAUUCAGACAUUGCUAGUGUCAGUGGCCGCUGGUAGCAGUGUCCUCUAGGCACAAGCCCGCCGACUAACUGUAAAGGUGGACACAGGAAAUCUGUGAACAGCCUUCACUGCACACCGUCCUCAGCAUUCUGGGUGUCUGGUUUCAAGACCAAAGCAUCUUACUUGCAUCUGUACUUUAUGGCAAAAAGGAAGAAAAGAGAGAAGAUGUUCUUAUGAUAUACAGAACAC